CCUUGGCCUGGCUCUCAAUCCUUGCAGCAGCAUCGAACGGAAUCCAUAGCGAACGACUACAAGGGAGAUCAAAGUUCGCCAAAAUGUCUCGAUUCUUCCGCAGCGGCGGUGACGACAGCUCCAGCGAGAGCUCCAGCGACGAGGAGGAGCUCUACUCCGGAGAGGAGGACCAGGAACUCGACCAGGAACAGUCCGAGGAAGAAUCCGAUGAGUUCGACAACUCCGACGAGGAAAGUGAAGACGCCGACAAGGAUGCCGGCGGCGAUCAGAAACAGGGCGCCUUUCGAUUCUUGAGAGACAACGUUGCGUCCGAUAGCGAAGGCAGCGAUGACGAGGUCCGAGACAAGGUCAAGAGCGCACAGGUCAAGCGACUGGACGAGCUCGAGACGUCGAUCAAGCAAAUUGAGAACGGCCAGAAGAAUGGCGACUGGGCCCUCAUUUCCACCGAGUUCGACAAGCUCAACCGCCAAGUGUCCAAGCUUCCUGCCGGCAGCAGAAUACCCAAGCCUUACAUCAAGAUCAUCGCCGAGAUCGAGGAAUCCGUCAAUGAGGCACUUGCAAAGGCCAAGGUCACGCCGAAAAAGAUGAACGCCACUCAGGCCCGUGCCCUCAAUGCCGUCAAGCAAAAGGUCAAGAAGACCAACAAGGAUUACCAGGCCGAGAUCGCCGUCUACCGGGAGGACAAGGACACCUACUUGUGGUCCUCAGAUGAGGAAGAGGAAGCUCCCCAGCCCAAGGUCCCCAAGGCUGUCAAGUUUGACGAGACCGCUGGUGCUGAGGAGGUUGCCGAUGAUGGUUUCGCCACCGUUGGAAAGGGCGGCCGUACCCUGCAGUACACCCCCGAGAGCAUCUUCAAGCACCUGCGAGGCAUCAUGGAGACUCGUGGAAAGAAGAACACGGACAGACUCGAGCAGAUCAAGGUGAUGGAGAAGCUCAACGAGAUCGCCAACACCCCCUACCAGAAGAUCCGCGUUCUUCUGACCCUGGUCUCUGCCCGAUUCGACCUCGGCACCGGAGCCACCAACGUGAUGCCCCUCGACCACUGGAAGGCUGCUGAGAAGGAACUGUCUCAGCUUCUCACGAUCCUCUCCGAGUCAAAGGAAUACGUCGUUCUGGAGAACGUUGAAGAGUGGGAUGACGACGAGAAGCCCCCCACUCUGCAGCCUGGUGAGAAGUACAUCAAGGUUGCCGGUAGCAUCGUCUCCUACGUUGAGCGACUUGACGAUGAACUGCACCGAUCCCUGCAGAGCAUCGAUCCCCACACCUCAGAGUACAUUGAGCGCCUCCAGGACGAGGGUGCACUGUACAACGUCAUCUUCCGCGGCCUCCUGUACUACGAGACUUUGAAGAAGGACGAGACGCUAGAUGUCCCCCAGGACAGUGUUAACCGCAUCGUUAUGCGAAGACUGGAGCACGUCUACUUCAAGCCUGCCCAAGUCGUCAAGACAUUUGAAGAGAACUGCUGGAAGUCUGUUGGCGAGGAUGUCGAUUCUACCACCACGCCUCGUGCUCAAGCUCUGGAACCCGCCAACCUGGUCAACGUUCUCUGCGCCUACCUCUACUCCAACAGCGAGGGCAUUCUUCGCGCCAGGGCGCUGCUCUGCCAAGUCUACUUCCUCGCUCUGCACGACGAGUACUACAAGGCCCGCGACAUGAUGCUCAUGUCGCACUUGCAGGAGACUGUUACUGGUUUUGACAUCCAGAGCCAGAUUCUGUACAACCGCACUCUGGUCCAGGUCGGUCUCUGUGCUUUCCGCAAGGGCCUGAUCUACGACGCACAGAACACCCUGCAGGAGAUCUGUGGCAGUGGACGCCAAAAGGAGCUGCUCGCUCAGGGUGUCAUGAUGCAGAGGUACAGCCAGGUCUCUCCUGAGCAGGAGCGCCUCGAGAAGCAGAGACAGCUGCCCUUCCACAUGCACAUCAACCUGGAGCUGCUCGAGUGCGUCUACCUCACUUGCAGCAUGCUUCUGGAGAUUCCCCUCCUCGCCCAGACUGGCUCUUCUCCCGACGUGAAGAAGCGCGUCAUCAGCAAGACCUACCGCCGUAUGCUGGAGUACCACGAGAGACAGAUCUUCACCGGUCCUCCCGAAAACACCAGGGACCACGUGAUGCAAGCCUCCAAGGCUCUUGCUGCUGGCGAGUGGAAGAAGUCCAUCAGCUACAUCCACAGCAUCAAGAUCUGGGACCUGAUGCCCAACACGGAUGAGAUCAAGGAAAUGCUGUCCAAGCAGAUCCAGGAGGAGGGCCUGCGGACCUACCUCUUCACAUACGCCCCCUUUUACGACACCCUCGCCAUUGAGACUCUGAGCAGCAUGUUCGAACUUGACGCCACCAAGGUGGCCGCCGUCAUCAGCAAGAUGAUCAGCCACGAGGAACUGGCAGCCUCUCUCGACCAGGUCACCAACAACGUCAUCUUCCGCAAGGGCGUUGAGCUCAGCAGACUGCAGUCCUUGGCCCUGGCCCUAUCAGACAAGGCCAGCGCGCUCAUCGAGACCAACGAACGGACGCUGGAGCAGCGCACCCAGGGCACCUCAAGUGCCUUUGAGAGACAGGGCGGCAGGGGCAGGGGCGGCCACCGGGGUGGCCAGCGUGGAGGCAGAGGAGGCCCUCGCGGCGGCGGUAACCCGCAGCGACAGGCUGGUGGCACUCAGUUCACUGGUGGAGCUCUGGGAGCUGCCGUGAGAGGGUAAGAGUCGAAGCAUGUGAAUUAGGUAUGAGACGGGUGGCUGGCAGGGCGUCCGAAUUUGGUCAGUUUUGACACUUUUCCUUGGUGUAUUUUCGAAUCCCCCCUUUUCUCUCUCUUGUGUGCUUGCAUGGGAUAAGGGAGGGAUUUCUCUUGUAAUGGAAGAAAAGUCCCGAACGACGGGCGAGGAAACGGAGGGAACUCGCCGCUUCUGUUUGAUGGGUU